AUGGCGGGAUCCAGGCAGAGGGGUCCUCGGGCCAGAGUCCGGCCGCUUUUCUGCGCCCUGCUGCUGUCGCUCAGCCACUUCGUCCGGGGUGACGGCGUGGGAAGCCACCCCGGGUCCGCUGGUGCCGCGGGCACCCCGGCCCCGCCGCCACACCGCCGUUUCGAGUACAAAUACAGCUUCAAGGGGCCGCACCUGGUGCAGAGCGACGGGACCGUGCCUUUCUGGGCCCACGCGGGGAAUGCUAUUCCAAGUUCAGAUCAAAUUCGAAUAGCACCAUCCUUAAAAAGCCAAAGAGGAUCAGUGUGGACAAAGACAAAAGCAGCCUUUGAGAACUGGGAAAUUGAGGUGACAUUUCGAGUGACUGGAAGAGGUCGAAUUGGAGCUGAUGGCCUGGCAAUUUGGUAUACAGAAAAUCAAGGCUUGGAGGGUCCUGUAUUUGGAUCAGCUGAUAUGUGGAAUGGUGUUGGAAUAUUCUUCGACUCUUUUGACAAUGAUGGAAAGAAAAAUAAUCCCGCUAUAGUAAUUGUAGGCAACAAUGGACAAAUCCAUUAUGACCAUCAAAAUGAUGGUGCUGAUCAAGCUUUAGCAAGUUGCCAAAGGGAUUUUCGUAAUAAACCUUACCCUGUCCGGGCAAAGAUUAUAUAUUACCAGCAAACAUUGACAGUAAUGAUCAAUAAUGGCUUCACACCAGAUAAAAAUGAUUAUGAAUUUUGUGCCAAAGUGGAAAAUAUGUUUAUCCCUUCACAAGGACAUUUUGGAAUAUCUGCUGCAACUGGAGGUCUUGCAGAUGACCAUGAUGUCCUUUCUUUUCUGACUUUCCAAUUGACUGAGCCUGGGAAAGAGCCACCUACACCAGAUAAAGAAAUUUCAGAAAAAGAAAAAGAAAAAUAUCAGGAGGAAUUUGAGCACUUUCAACAAGAACUGGAUAAAAAAAAAGAGGAAUUUCAGAAGGGCCACCCUGACCUUCAAGGGCAACCUGCAGAUGAAAUAUUUGAGAGUGUAGGAGAUCGUGAGCUGAGACAAGUCUUUGAAGGACAGAAUCGUAUUCAUCUUGAAAUCAAGCAGCUGAACCGACAGUUAGAUAUGAUUCUUGAUGAACAGAGAAAAUAUGUCUCUUCCUUGACAGAAGAGAUCUCUAAAAGAGGAGCAGGAAUCCCAGGGCAUCAUGGACAGAUCUCUCAGCAAGAACUGGAUACCAUUGUGAACACUCAGCAUGAGGUUCUGAGACACGUAAAUGAAAUGAAGAAUUCCAUGAGUGACACCGUCAAGCUAGUCAGCAGCAUCCAGCAUCCUGGGUCUGCAGGAGGCGUGUAUGAGGCCACCCAGCACUUCAAUGACAUCAAAGAGCACCUUCACGUAGUGAAGCGGGACAUAGAGUCCCUAGUGCUGCGGAACGCGCCAUCAAAUGAAAGACCAAAAUGCCCAGAACUACCACCAUUUCCAUCAUGUUUAUCUACGGUUCACUUCGUUAUAUUCGUAGUGAUACAAACGGUGCUAUUCAUUGGUUAUAUCAUGUAUAGGACUCAGCAAGAAGCAGCUGCCAAAAAAUUCUUUUGA